AUGGACCGUUUUUACACACAAACGGCCAUUGCUGAAUUCCGGAGAGACGCCCUAGCAAUCGGCCAGCCAGUAACAGAUGGAAGGCCGCCUCAACAGAGCUCCACUGGCGACCCCCAAGAUCCUCCGUUCAGUCGGCUACCGAUUGCCCCUCGAGCUGAAUGUCAGUCCAAAACACCCCGAUCCAACUUUUCGCCCAAGAACUCGAAUUACGAGAUUGUGCCAGUGGCCUUCUCUAACAGACCGGCGAACAGCCUCCUUCAACACUCUUACACGGACGGGCCAAGGAUAGAGCAGUCGCAGGCUACAAAUGAAAAUCUGGGGGCGUAUUCACGAAACCCAACAAACGAAGGAGUCAGACUCAAGUACUAUGGCGCUUAUCUCAAACCGGCUGAACGACGAGGCCCUCUGAUAUUCACGCGACAGCACAAUCCUUUGUAUGAGGAUUUCCCCCCAGCCUGUUGUACUUCCAACGCGCCUAUCAAUCCAACACCUUCGGGAGGACGGCAGCAUGGGGUCAGCGGGCCUUUAACAGACUACCCCUCUACCGCACGCCUAUCAUCACACUCCUUAACAUAUUCUUCCCCGUCUUCUUCCGAUCUUCAGAGUGAUGAUCCUAGCUCUCCCAUUGUCGAGUCUCCGAGCACCACUGUGUCAUUGGGUGAGGUUUCUACGGACAGCAAGGAUGGCUCUGAUGAAUCUGAAAAUGAGACGUGCAUCUUUGAGGACGCGAACUCGACCCUGAGCUACGACUGUAGCAUCUUAUCUCAAGUGAAUGGACCGAAAAAGAGGAGCGACGAUACCUCUUCAUUGCAUACUCCUUCGACUCCUUCUUCAACUGCAUCUUUCAAUCAUGCAAUCCUUCGAGUCGCCUCUCAGGGCGUCAUCCAACAAACCGCCAUCGAUCAACCCUCCCGCCAGCACUCUCAGACUUUCAGAAGCGAACCGGAGGAACUAGCCGGCCCAGUUUCAGAUAGAUUGAUAGCGGAAUGUGAUGAACCGUAUUACUCGCCUCAGCCUCGAGUGGUCAGAAGACCCAGACCUGGAAGCCUUGAGAUUGAAAUUCCCGGGCGAUACGUCUCGAUUUAUGAAGAUUCAUCGACUGAAGGGCCUGAGGAUCUCCCUGAUAGCAACAGUGACAUCGGGGAAGGCCCGCAUAGUGAUACACACGACUCCAAUAUCCAUGACGGUUCAAUGGCCACGCCCGGCUCAUUUCUCAUAGAUCUACUGAACCAGUGGGAGAAAGUACCCACAACUUCAGACGUCCCGCUGCAAUUCGUCAAACAACUCAAACACGCCAUAGAUGUAUUCGAGAAUUGCAAGGCAGACGGAGCUGAUGAUACACCCAGUGAGUUGGUCGACGAGGUAUUGCCGACUUGGACAUCGUCUUCUGAUAGCCACGAAGCUCCCGACUCUCACCAAUCGAGCUCAAGCGGCCCGUACGCGCCUAGCAGUCGAAGCAGUCAUUCUCAUGAGAUCCCAAACUUGUCGAAUCAUUGGACUCCAUUCUCUGAACGUAGUCGAAUCCCAGCCUCAAGACAACUAGGAAACAACACUAAACUUCAAAUACAACAUCAUCGAGCCUGGUUGUCAUCCACCCCUCCUUUGGAACUCGGCGGCAAGAGGACCAAGCCACCGAACGGCGAGAGCGACGACUACUGUAGCACGGCUGUCAACGAUUCUUCGUGCCGGAAGAAAAACUUGCACGUAUUCUUUGGGUCCAAAGUGGUCAAUGAUAAGAAGGUUGCCUGCAAGGCCGAGCCGCUAGAUCUCCAGUUAUCAAAGUCCUGGCGAAGGUCGCAUGGCAAGAUGUCGAUUGCCGCGGAACUGACAAGGACCGUCAGAGGCGGCUUCAAGUCUCUCAAGCUUCCGGCACUCCAAGACCAUAAAUACGAGCUCGGCCCGGCUCAUGGGAGCCAGACAGACUUAACCCUCUCGGAUUGCGAACGUCCUUCGAUCCGUAAUAUCCCCGGCGAUUUUCCCGACCGAGCCGGCCGUAGGAGCCUCAGUUGUGGCCCCCUCGGACGAUCCCAUCCCGUACAUCAACUCGUGGAACCUCCUGCUCCUCCUGCUUCGCACUCAUCUCCUAAAAAAGCUCUCAGAGUAAGGUUCCAGGAGGCUUGA